AUGUCUGAUGAAAUUUGCUCGGAAGCAUGGGUGAUCGGUAUCCAUGCUUAUUCGGCAUUCGUCUAUACAUUGGUUGUUAUUGUGUUCAGUAUUGCUCUUUACGCACAGUCAUGUCUUCGACGAGUUUUUCAUCCAUUUUUCACAUUGCUUUUCGUAGAAACAAUUUUGUGCUAUGCAUUAUGUGACCUGUUUGUGGUCAUCUUGAAGAUUAUGAACUUCUUCGGAGCAUUAGAGCAUCCAGCCGCCGUCUUUUUGGACAAGCUGUUUCACUACAGCUAUACCCUUAUUAUGCCCCUACAGUCGUGCUGCCUAGUGGAGAGGAUUGUCGCCACGUUGUACUUCAAUUCAUAUGAAAAAAAUAGACGAUGGGCUCUUUUGGCCUUAUCUCAACCAUUAUCUAUUGCAUUCCUUCUACUAGACAAUUAUGCUGGAAAAGAAAUAAGCGACCUGCAACUGGCAGUGUUUCAUGUCGCAUAUUACGUUUUUCAAACGUUGGGUCUUGUCGCUCUACUCACUGUCAAUCAGCAGCUGACAAGGAAAUACACAGGAAGCGGUGUCUCUCUAACUACUAGAUAUCAACUCGCAGAAAAUAUCCGAACAAUAAGGGUAUUUCUGCCGAUGAUUACUGUCGACACACUUAUCUCUCUUAUCGACAUCAUUUUAAAUUACAUGAAGUUUAGCUAUGUUUUCGACCCACAUCGCUGUACGUCUGAUUCAUCGUACUUGUUUGUGAUCUACAUUGUCUCCGAAGUGGUAGUAUCAGCUCUUGAACUGAUCGAAGCGGCCCUUAUUGUUCGUAGUUAUCCGAAAGUUGGGAAUAUUCUUGUAUGUUGGAAGUUAAUGGCGGUUCAUCGGGUUUCUUCAGAAGGUCCCAGUAGAAUAGUCAACGUCUUCGGAUCGGACCUCCUCCACGAACAAAAAAACUGUAAUCAUUUCGACGACUUAAAUAAGAAUUGGGAACAACGUCAGAAAUAA